ACCAACAUACCCAGACCCUAUCAUACGCUCACUACCUGACAACAUGAAGCUUAUCGUGAUCUUGGCUGUAGUAGCUGUGGCAGUGGCUGACAAGUUGGCUGCCCCGCCUGUACUCAUCGUUCGCAGCCAACAGGUCGAUCCUGACGCUACUGGUGCCCACAGCUCUGACUUUGAGAGUGAGAACGGCAUCAAGUUCCAGGUCUCUGGUUCUCAGGGUGCCAAUGGAGGGUCCAACAUGAUUGGCUCGUGGAGCUACCCUCAGGAGGACGGUAGUGUAGUGUCAGUACAAUUCGUGGCUGACGAGAACGGCUACCAGCCACAGUCCGACCAGCUGCCCGUGGCUCCUAUAUUCCCCCACGUAAUCCCUCAGUUUGUCCUCGACCAGAUCGCCUUCGCCGAGAAGGAGAAGAAGCUCCAGGAACAAGGGAACUAAGAAACUUUUUAUUGAUGUGUUUUUCUGGCUAUGUUGGUAAACUAUUUCUUUCUCGCUAGCUACACAUGCUCUUGACACAGACGUGGCAGAUACUCACAGUCUCAAGUGUUAAUGAUAUUUAUUGAAUUUAUUUAUUAAAUAACAUUUUUACAUGUAAAAUAAAAAGUUUAUAUUAUGA